AUGGCGCCUCUCCAGGGUGAGAGGAGUUCGCAACCGCUCUCAGCGGAUGUAAGUGACGAAGAGAACCGUAAUGAGAGCACACGUGAAUCAUCGGAGUCACCGGCUUAUUACUGGCCAAUGGACGAAGACGAAGCCGAGGAUGAGGAAGACCCAGACUACGAGGAUGAACCCGUUGAAGAAGAUGAAGACGAUCUUCAAGGUACUCGGGACAUUGAAAUAUUGCUAGAGAAUGGAGGUGAUGACGACGAUGAAGAGGAAGACGAGGACGAGAUCGAAGGUGUUACUGACACUCAACGACUUGUAAACAUUGUACGGACCGGUGCUAGAACAGGACUACUAACACGGAGACAACUUAUUGCCUUGAUGCAGAGCCCCGAUCUUACCAGUGUUUUAUUCCAAGAUAAUCCAGGGGAGGACGCCGAGUUCUUGAAUAACUGGCCUUUCAAUCGGCGUCUCACACCCAAGGACCCGAAUCGCUUCCCGAAAGUGCCAAGUGAGCAGGGCUUGAAGCUUAUGCGAUCAGGAGCAUUUGGUGCAAAUGACUACAACCCCAGAGCAAAGAGGCACCUUGCUGUGAGGAUGCUCGAGCGGGAGCAUGAGCCCAAAUCUUUCCAUCAAGACGAGUUGACUGACAGCGUCCAGAGUCUGCUACCAAAAUCAAGAGCCGAGAAGAUCAUCCAUUUCGAUGACCCCGUGUAUUCCGGACAGUUUUCGGACGAUGGAAACUUCUUUUUCGCCUGCUCUCAAGACUUCAAAGUACGAAUGUACGACACCUCCAGCCCAUACAAUUGGAAGCAUUACAAGACAGUCAGCUACCCAUGGGGACAAUGGACACUCACAGAUGCAUCAUUGAGUCCCGACAACAAAUGGCUCGCGUAUACUUCAAUUCAGAGUAUGGUCUCCAUAGCUCCGACAGAUCCAAAUGAUACUGGAGAUCCCUAUACACUGGAUUUAGACAACGGCCCGUCGCAUGGAUGGCACGGGCGACGCGGCUUCGGUAUCUGGUCUGUCAGGUUCUCAGGCGAUGGACGAGAACUGGUGGCUGGAACGAGCGCGGCCUCCAUCGUGGUAUAUGACAUUGAGUCUCGGAGAGUUCUUCACCACGUUCGUGGUCACUCGGAUGAUGUCAACGCCGUGUGCUUCGCUGACAAGAUGUCACCGCAUAUCCUUUACUCGGGUUCCGACGAUACAACGAUCAAGGUCUGGGAUCGGAGAAGCAUGGGCGAUCACCGAGAAGCUGGCGCUUUUGUCGGCCACAUCGAAGGCUUGACAUACAUCGACAGCAAGGGAGAUGGACGGUAUAUUCUCAGUAAUGGAAAAGACCAGUCAAUGAAGCUAUGGGAUAUAAGAAUGGCCAUGUCGACCGAUCGAUUCAACGAACUUGAUCCGACAGCACAUGCAAACACCAGUGGCUUCGAUUACCGGGGUGGCAUAUAUGACGACGAGGACUGGGAUGUGCACCCCCAUGAUAAUUCCCUCGUGACUUUCCGAGGUCACAAAGUUCUUCGAACCCUUAUUCGAUGUCACUUUUCACCCCCGAUGUCCACUAACUCACGAUAUGUAUACUCAGGCAGUACCGAUGGCAAGGUAUACAUUUGGAAUAUGGAUGCGAGCUUGGCUGGAAUCAUAGAUGUUAAGAAAACUACCAUGCGCACUCGUCCAAUGGAUAAUCGGCACCGCUUCUAUCAUUUCGAUGAACCAGGCAAUUGGGGCACCUGUGUCCGCGAUGCAAGCUGGCAUCCCAAUGCCCCUCUCCUUGUUGCGUCUGCUUGGAAUGGCUACAACAUGGCAAGAGGAACUUGCACGCUGCAUUCGUAUAACGACAACGUGGAUGAUGAAGGAGAACCACCGAUGGGCCAGAGUGUCAACCACUUGCUCAAGGAACAGCCUGAGCUAUACCAGAACUCAACAUAUACAAAUGGACUGCGUUUAGGGUAA